GGCAUCUCUACCAACCUGGACACCCGAUUGAAAAGUGUUCUGUUGUUUUCUCUAUUUCAUCGCGCGCCUUCACCCAGUAUAAAAAGACGCGCGCCAAACGCAUCCUUCCCGUCACACCGUUGAACUCUUCAGGAAAGGUCGUGUCUGAAUUACUCUUUCCCUCUUGAAACUACCAAUACGCAAGAUGUCUUCCACUUCCAAGAAGCAUCAGUCCUUCUGCUCCGAACCGAUGAAGGGCAAGCCCGUCACCGCUCUUCCCGGGAUAGGACCCGCGCGUGGCAGCCAGCUGCAGUCGCAAGGCUACCACAAGGCCACCGAUGUCUUUGGCAAGUACCUGACCGUGCACGAGAACCGCAACGAGUUCCAGGGCUGGCUGAAGGACCAAAGCGGGGCCAACUUCAAGCAGCAGGGAGACUGCUACCAUGCACUGCGGGAUUGGAGCGACAACAACCUGUAGAGCGUCUGUCAACACGCUGUUGUUCUUUUCUCCCCUUAAAAGGUCAAGAUGUUUUUAGACCUGGCUUUGUCAACCUAAUUAGGCUACUGUAAAAUGUUUUGCUUAUGUUCAAAUCCAGUGAAGAUUGACUACUAGUGUAAAAUUGGCUUCUGGUGUGCUGGUCGAUAAGAUGGGCAUGAGGGUCUGCUAUCUUUGUUAUCCAUUAUUGAUAUAUUUGAGGGGAAUUCUGAAAUACAGUAGUAUUUUUUUAUUUUAUUUUUUUUCUCUUGAGAGCUUCUCUAACGUUGAACUUGUUUUAAUGGGAAAAAUAAAGAAUGAACAGUAUAAGUGUUCAUUGUUCUCUUUGA